GCUGUGAGCUGCUUCUACGGGAAUCAAUAACCCGCUGCUCUUCUCCCAGCCCAGCAGACUGCCAGGACAGCAGGAUACUCGCCUAUAAAUUUUCAAUAGCACAAAGUGCUGACUCCCCACUUCCUGCCCCACAGGCAGUUUUCCUCUUUGGCCCUGAGCAGGCCUGGCCCCCCACAAGUGGGAGGGGGGGGUCUGUCAAUGCAGCACUGUGUGCAGCCCGCAGCCUCCACUGGCUGCUUGGGCCCGCAGCGGACAACUGGCCACGCCCAACCACACCACAGGAAGGGAUAAGAGGCAGCUUCAGCCUCCUAGCCUGCCACGCAGGACCUGCAGCAGAGGUGACCAGGAGGAGCAGCAAAAACCCUUGACUAUGUCUGAGAUGGAGAAGGCCGUGGUGACCCUCAUUGAUGUUUUCCACCAGUAUUCUGGAAGGGAGGGUGACAAGCACAAACUGAAGAAGUCAGAGCUCAAGGAGCUAAUCAACACAGAGCUUUCUCACUUUUUGGAGGAAAUCAAAGAGCAGGAGGCUGUGGACAAAGUCAUGGACAUCCUGGACAGUGAUGGAGACGGGGAGUGUGACUUCCAGGAAUUCAUGGCCUUCGUUGCCAUGGUGACCACUGCCUGCCAUGAGUUCUUUGAGCAUGAGUAAAAGGGAUAGAGCAGCCGCUGGCCCUGCGCAGAGGCGAGGUGGCAGGGAACAGAGAGCAGGAUCAGUCGGGGCUGCAGCUGUCCAGAUGCCUGUAGCUAAUUAGGGAGCAUGAUUUACAUAGUGAGUGAAAAAUUGAAACCUCCUCUGGAGGGCACCUUCUCAUGGCCUCCACAGUUGUUUCUUUCACAUGUCAUCCUCUUAUAACCCUCACACAGAAGCAUAGCUGAAACACACCUCCAUCAGCCCACCCAUGGUCUCUGUAUGUCUCUUCCAUACCAGAGAUCAGAUGCCAGCUAAGCUGGUCCCUCCUCCAUGCAGACUGACCCUGCAGUCUCUCCCCUGGUGGGCUGUGCUUCUGAGGAAAAAUUCCCUGCUAAAAUUUCUAAUUGGAAAAACCAGAACUGGGAGUUCUACUCUCAGUGGCACUUCUCUUCUGAGUGGCGUGAUCCAGUGUGUGGACAGAGGCCAGCUCCGGACCCAGCCUUCUGCUCUGAGAGGUGGAACCAGCUACCCCACCAUCUCCUGGCAUCAUCCCACUGGCAUCGGCUGGGCACUUGCUGUCUGUUCUGUUGAUGAAUGUCAAUUCUGACUUAUUUGGCCUGACACCAGUGGAGUCAACAAAGUAUGUAGAAAAAUGAACUGUAGGCAUAUGUAUCCAUGAAUUCAAGUUACAAAUACUAAAAUUUACUUCCAAAAAAAUUCAAAUGCAUCUUACUCACACUUCUUCCUGUUUUCUUUUUUAUGGGCACAAAUUUAGAAACUCCUAAGAUUGAUUGAUGGCUCGUAUUUGUAUUACAUUUUAAAAAAGUGUGUUGUGGGCUGGAGAGAUAGCACAGCGGGUGGGGCGUUUGCCUUGCACUCGGCCGACCCCGGUUCAAAUCCCAGCGUCCCAUAUGGUCCCCUGAGCACCGCCAGGGGUGGUUCCUGGGUGCAGAGCCAGGAGUGACCCCUGUGCAUCGCCGGGUGUGACCCAAAAAGCAAAAAAAAAUAAAAUAAAAUAAAAAAAAAUAAAAAAGUGUGUUGUUACAAGUCUCUGCAGCUAUUUAGAUGUCAAGUGAAAACCACUGCAACCAGGAAAAUGACAUGGUGGGUGAAGGUGGCUUUGGGAACAUUUGGACUAGCCUUAAUGCGAGAAGAGACAAGAAAAUUAUUAGGGGCUCCCAGAGAAGAAGAGAACACAUCUGCAUCCCACCCAUCCUCCCACUCUGACCUGUCCUUAGCAGUGAGUGAUCAGUCUUUAUCAGCCCACAAGCAUUGUCAGGCUCCUCACAGGGCUGAGCUGCUGCCAGAGUCCCCACCAGGCAGCACUGUCUGACCGCCUGGGACAGGUGCAUAGGCCUGGUGGUCUUAGGCAUCGCCAGGGGAAACCAGAUCCUCACUUCUUCCAGAGAAAGAGGCUGAGGCAGCUGGCCUCAAGGCCAGCCCUAUAGGAAGGCCUCCAUCCAUGUACUGCCUCCCAGGUCCCCGAGCAGGCACAUAUGCCUACGCACCCAAUCACCCACUUCAGGGUACAUCCUACUGAGAACAGCACCGAGCCCACUGCUGAGACCCGGGGACAGGCUAAGGGCCCUGUUUGGGGUAUCCAGCAGGAUCCUGGCUUCCAUCUUCCAACCCCAGGGCACCCUGCAGGCACUGCUGUCCUGGAAGCACAGGGGCCUGAUCCCAUCACAGGGCCAUGAUCAGCUCUCCACCGUUAUCCUCACUCUUGCCCACAUGGGAAAUGGACCAAGGACCAUGACUCCAGGGGUAAGGUCAGGCAGCGUGUCCAGGGGAUGGGAAGCAGGCCUGGGGGCUGAAGCAGCUGGCCAGGCUCUCCUGCCUUCCCAGCACCCUGUCUUGGCAGCAGCCAUGGUUGCUGCCAGCUGGGCCAGCUCUUACCACCAAGCCAGACCCUGCUCCCUUGCAGUCACCAAAGCACUUUCACCCAGUGAGGGCCCCACCCCUUUUCUCCCUUGCAGGCAGUACAACUCUGUGUGACAUCA